AUGGAUGUGCCACCCGCUCUACAUACUUCCCCGGAAUCGUCAGGGACCGAUGAACAUCCAGAUGACCCAGACGAGCAAAUCCACCAACUUGCACGAUCAAUGUCCCAGCUUUCCAAGAAUGUCGAUACCUCUGCCCUGUCAAAAGAGGGAAUCAACACAUUCCUUGACCCUACCGGUGACCCGGAGUUGGAUCCCAACUCCGACCGGUUCAACUCGCACAAAUGGGUCAGAAAUAUGCUGCAAAUGACCCGUCAAGAUCCCGACCGUUAUCCGCGUCGCACGGCAGGGGUCUCCUUCCGGAAUCUCAACGUCUACGGCUAUGGCACCGCGACGGAUUACCAGAUGAACUUUGCCAAUUUUUGGUUCAAAGCUGCCAGGUCGCUAUGGGGUAAAAUCUCUCCACAAAAAAGAGUUCGAAUUGAUAUUCUGCGCGAUUUUGAAGGCAUUGUCCAUAGCGGGGAGAUGUUGGUUGUGCUGGGCCGUCCAGGCAGUGGAUGUUCAACCUUGCUGAAGACAAUUGCCGGAGAGACACAUGGACUGUUUCUAGAUAACAAGGAGCACGUCCAGGUGCAGUAUGAUGGUAUCUCAUGGAACGACAUGCACAGCCGAUUCCGUGGAGAAGUGAUUUAUCAGGCCGAAACCGAAAUUCAUUUCCCUCAGCUGACAGUUGGUGACACACUGCUGUUUGCUGCCCAUGCUCGAGCUCCAAGCAACCGAUUGAUCGGUGUUACACGCGAUCAGUAUGCGGUCCAUAUGCGAGACGUUGUGAUGGCAAUGCUAGGCUUGACCCACACUAUGAAUACCCAAGUUGGCAAUGAGCUGAUCAGGGGUGUCUCUGGGGGCGAGAGAAAGCGUGUCAGCAUCGCAGAAUCUAUCCUAUGCCGAUGCCCUUUACAAUGUUGGGAUAAUAGCACCCGUGGACUGGACAGCUCAACAGCCCUGGAGUGGGUCAAACAAAUCCGCGUCUCUACUGAGUACAGUGGAUCGUGUGCUAUUGUUUCACUGUACCAGGCGAGUCAGGCCAUCUGUGAUCUGUUUGACAAAGUCAUUGUUCUUUAUGAAGGGCGUCAGAUCUACUUUGGUAGUGCAGCUGAUGCGCGGCGCUUCUUCACGGAGAUGGGCUUUGAUUGUCCAGAUAGACAGACCACCGCCGACUUCCUUACUUCCCUGACAAGUCCUACCGAGCGUGUUGUGUGCCCUGGAGUUGAGCAUUGUGUUCCUCGCACGCCUGAUGAGUUCGCAGAGCGCUGGAAAGCCAGUCUUGAUCGCACCAAAUUGCUUGCGGAGAUCAAGGGGAAUGAGCUCAGUGACUUCGCCAGCGAUAAGAGACUUGAGCGGUUCAAACACUCUUGUGAAAUGGAGAAGCCCAAACAUACUCGGGCAGGCACUCCAUAUACUCUGUCAUACUCUAUGCAGAUUCGCCUAUGCCUAUGGCGAGGGUUUAGGCGUCUCAAAGGGGAUCUGGCAAUGACACUUGCUUCUGUUAUUGGAAACACUGUGAUGGCUCUAAUUCUCUCAAGUGUUUUCUACAUCUUGCCAGGCAACACAGGUACUUUCUACAAACGUGGCUCUUUGCUCUUCACUGCUGUCUUGUUCAAUGCUUUUGCUAGCGCACUUGAGAUUCUCAUAAUGUGGCAGCAACGGCCGAUUGUUGAGAAACACGUGAAGUAUGCUCUAUACCGUCCCUCAGCAGAAGCUAUCAGUGCCUUCAUUGUUGAGCUUCCUUCCAAAGUUGUGAUUUCAAUCGUUUUCAAUUUGGUCGUCUAUCUCAUACCUAACUUGCGUCGAACACCGGGCCACUUCUUUGUAUUUCUGCUCUUUUCAUUCACGACUACUCUCGUUAUGUCUACCAUGUUCCGUUGGAUAGGUGCAAUAUCACGUUCUAUGGCCCAGGCCAUGACGCCAGCCUGCAUUUUCAUGCUGAUACUGAUAUUGUACACCGGCUUUUCUAUUCCCAUUGGUGAUAUGCGUCCCUGGUUUCGUUGGCUUCAGUACCUGAACCCAAUAUCUUAUUCUUUCGAAUCUCUCAUGAUAAAUGAGUUCAGCAACAGGCGGUUCCCUUGCUCGGAGUAUGUACCGGGUCACCUGGCAAUAUACGACAGCGUACCCCUAAGCUCCAAGAGCUGCUUGGGCAAGGGCGCUUUAGUAGGCCAGGACUUUAUUGACGGGGACAGGUACCUCGAGAUGAGCUACCAAUAUUACCAAUCUCAUUUAUGGCGAAACUUUGGCAUACUUUGUGUGUUUUUUACCGGCGUGUUUAUCAUGUAUACCGUCUCCAGCGAGUACAUCCGAGCCAAACCCUCCAAGGGAGAGAUCUUGAUCUUUCCCCGGGGUAAGAUGCCGGCAUUCGCCAAAGACGUCGGAAAAAAUGAUCCAGAGGUGGUGAUUGCACCCGAGAAAUCUACCGUCCUCGGUGAAUCUCGAGGCGAGGCCGCUGCUAUUGUUCGUCAGACUUCUGUCUUCCACUGGGCGAACGUAUGCUAUGAUAUCAAGAUCAAGGGCAGUCCACGCCGUAUUCUCGACUGUGUGGAUGGCUGGGUGAAGCCAGGGACCUUGACUGCACUGAUGGGCGUGACAGGGGCUGGAAAAACGUCCUUGCUCGAUGUUUUAGCUGACCGUGUGACAAUGGGCAUCAUCACUGGUGAUAUGCUCGUUGAUGGUCACUCGCGCGAUGACUCUUUCCAGCGGAAAACGGGAUACGUCCAACAGCAAGACCUUCAUCUUGAAAUCAGUACUGUUCGUGAAGCACUGGUCUUUAGCGCCUUGCUCCGUCAACCUGCUAAUGUCUCUCGGAGCGACAAGAUUUCCUAUGUUGAGGAAAUUAUCCUAAUGCUCGGUAUAGAAGAGUACGCAAACGCUGUAGUUGGAAUUCCGGGCGAAGGUUUGAACGUGGAUCAACGCAAACGCCUUACCAUCGGCGUUGAACUAGCAGCAAAGCCGGAUCUCUUGCUUUUCUUUGAUGAACCGACCUCGGGUCUAGAUAGCCAGACUGCCUGGUCAAUCUGUACAUUGAUGCGAAACCUAGCUGAUCAUGGCCAGGCUGUCCUGUGUACUAUUCACCAACCUUCAGCUAUCCUGAUGCAACAGUUUGACCGGCUGCUAUUCUUGGCCAAGGGAGGUCGGACUUUGUACUUUGGCGAGCUCGGCCAGAACAUGGAAACCUUGAUCAAAUACUUUGAGGAUAAAGGGUCUCCUAAAUGCCCACCAAAUGCCAACCCAGCUGAGUGGAUGCUAGAAGUUAUUGGUGCAGCACCAGGAUCUCAUUCCGACAGAGAUUGGGCGCACGAAUGGAACAAUAGCGCUGAACGUGCAGAAGUCCAACGUGAACUUGCCGCAAUGAAAGCAGAGCUGUCAAGCAAGCCUGGACCCUCGCGCACUUCGACAUUCGGCGAGUUCGCCAUGCCGAUCUGGUAUCAGUUCUUGAUUUGUAUUCGUCGGAUGUUUCAACAAUAUUGGAGAUCUCCGGGAUAUCUUUACUCCAAGACCGCUAUCUGCGUACUUCCUCCACUUUUCAUCGGGUUCACCUUCUGGCGCAUGCCCACCAGCCAGCAAGAACUGCAAAAUCAAAUGUUUGCGAUAUUCAUGCUAAUCACCAUAUUCCCCAACAUAUUGCAGCAGAUGAUGCCUAACUUCGUCACCCAGCGGGCUUUGUAUGAAGUUCGAGAGCGGCCAUCUAAGACAUACUCAUGGAAAACAUUCAUGGUAGCCAGUAUCUUCACCGAGCUGCUGUGGAAUGUGUUGAUGGCAGUGCCCUUUUACUUCUCGUGGUAUUAUCCGAUCGGACUUUAUCGCAAUGCAGAGGCAAGUGAUGCAGUUGUUGCUCGCGGUGGAAUAAUGUUCACAUUCCUUCUUAUGUUCUUGAUGUUCGCAUCCACUUUCAGCUCCAUGAUGAUCGCCGGGAUUGAACAAGCAGGGACUGCCAUCAACAUUUCGCAAUUCAUGUUCUCGCUUUGUUUGAUCUUCAACGGGCAAGUAUUUUCCAUAUCGAGGGGCGGUCCGAAUCGACGCUAA